AAUAAAUUAAAAAAAAAAAUCCAACAUCAGAUCAGCGAGCCCUUACCUUUCUUCAAGUUCGUAGCAAAAUAGUUCUGCAAUGACCAUCUCUGCUCCAUCCCUUGGCCCCAGAACCUGUCCUCGCCUUCUCUCCUACGCUCCACUUCCUCUUCCUCCUCCUCAAUUUUCCUUCCGUUCGCUCCACCUUCCUUCAAAACGGCCUUCCACCCAAUAAGAGCUCUGAGAGAGUGGCCAGAGUGCAAGGGGGCAGCGAAGCGCAAGGACCUUACCAGAGGUCUCAGGUUCUUGAAAUCAAUUGAGAAAGACAAUGAUGACCCAGUUGAGGAGAAGCUCAAACAUGGUUCUUUGUCUAUUGAAUCGCCUCGGCCCGAACUCGGAGAGCUGGGGUUUGUUGGUGGGUUAGAAAGGGAUUGGGAGGUCUUGGAUACUUAUUUAAGUGCUAGUGAUAUGAGACUUGUGGGUAUUGCUUAUGGGUUUCUAAAGGACCGAGGGUUCUUGCCCAAUUUUGGAAGGUUCAGUGGUAUAGCUUUGCUAAUUUAUUUGGAGUGUAGCUUAAGGGUUGCCCAAUUCAUGGAGUGCUUUUAGAUCCAAUUGCUGCAAUGCAGAUGGGCGUCCAAGGGCAGGUGGUCAUUAUGAAUUUUUCUUAAUUACAUUUUUCUCUAAGUAUUUUUGUAAAGUAAAUCAAACUGCAUGCUGUAUGCUGUUUGAUUCUUAAGCAAUAUAAUCUCUUGUUGACACCUUUAGUUUACGGAAGUUAUAAAGACCCAACUCAGGAUUUUCUACUGGCUGGAACUCAGUUUUGGGAUGAGAAAAUGAGUAAUGUGCUGGCUGAAGGACGAUUGAGUGGCUCUACCUUUGACAGGUACUGCAUGGUGCUUUUUGCUGGUAUUGCUGCUGAAGCUCUGGUUUAUGGUGAGGCUGAGGGUGCAGAGAAUGAUGAAAACAUGUUUCGCAGCAUCUGCGUCCUUCUGCAACUGCCAUUGUCUGUAGCUCAGUAAAUCUGCAACUAUCUAUUUUCAUGCCUUUACUCCAUUAAUAGGUACUAAUUAUUCUCACCCAGAGAGAGAAAAGGUGCUAAUUACUGGUUUUCAUUACCUUGAGAAGAUUUCAAAUCAAGCUAGGUGGUCUGCUCUACAGUCUUUCAACGUGCUUAAAUGGCACAGGCAUGCUCAUCGAGCUGCUGUCAGAGCUUUUGGAAGGUGGUGGUGGUCUUAGUAUUGUGAUUAGGAGGAUUGAGCAAGCCAUGUCUUCUGGCAGAUGAUGUGCAGGAGUACAUAAACAAGCUGGUUUCUGUGGUCCAAUGGAGUUCAAGAGUUAAAUGUUCUAUAGGCACCUAUAGGAAGGCUUAGAUAACCAUCGUCUGUUCUUGUAUGGCUGGGCAUGGUGAACUGAGGCAUGGAAGUUCUGAAGCGUUACUCUGAUUACUGUUCUCUACUCUUUUCCGUACUAAAUAUUAAUUGCAUGUGCCAUCAAUUUUGAGAAAGAUUGUCCUCAAAUGAUAGGUUUCUUAGAAGAAGAAUGAAUGACUCAACUUUUUUGAAGUUCCGAAGAUAUGUCCUAACAGGCCACAGUGGGCGGAGAGCACAUCGAGGAAGUAGCAAAUUUUGGUAUCCAGCUGACCAUUUUUGACAUGCGUAGUCUAAAGAGAUGGUUCCUCUGGGUAUCUUUGCUGCAUUUAGACCACAAAUGUGACCGAAGUUUCUCGUGUUCUCAUCUUUUUGUAAACAUUUUAGGAUCAGAGUGCUAUUUUUUCCAACGCUGUUUUGGUUGGAUGAAUGUUCGGUUUUGAGCCAUGGCCCCUUGAUUGAACCCCUAACUAAUUUGAUUCUGGUUUAAGCUUUUGUCCCAAUCAAGCUGCCUCCAUAUUCUCUUAGAACAAAAGACCACAACGUCUUGUACAUGCACUUUAUUUGUGAGAGUUGUCAUUAUUUUCCAAUGAAUGACAUUUGGUGGG